GCACCACCUCUUAUAACCAUAUAUAAUUCACAAGUUUAGGAUCUUCUCUUUCUUCAAUUAGUAGAUUGCUUUCAAGAAGAAGGGGGAGAAAAAACCACCGAUGUUCAAUUUGUCCAAGAAAAUGCUACUUUCUCUAGCACCGAACCACUAUGACAUUAAUUUUGUUGCAGUGUUUUCUGUAGUAUUUAUUUUUCUAGUGUCAAAAGCUUGGAGAAGAGUCACAAGUGGAAAAAAUGACAUCCCUGGCCGGCUGGGGUUGCCUUAUCUUGGUGAAACCAUUUCUUUUCUUUCAGCCACUAAUAGUACAAAAGGAUGCUACGAUUUUGUUAGACUCCGACGACUAUGGUACGGGAAGUGGUUCAAGACAAGGAUGUUCGGCAAGAUCCAUGUGUUUGUUCCAAAUCCAGAGGGUGCAAGAAUGGUAUUUGCUAACGAUUUUGUACACUUCAACAAGGGGUAUGUGAAAUCAAUGGCAGAUGCGGUUGGAAGAAAGAGCUUGCUUUGUGUGCCACAUGAAAGUCACAAAAGGAUUAGGGGUCUUCUAUCUGAUCCUUUCUCCAUGAACUCUUUGUCUAAGUUUGUCAAGAAAUUCGACAAAAUGCUAUGCGAAAGGCUGAAGAACUUAGAAGAAGGUGGGAAAAGCUUUGUGGUGCUUGAGUUCAGUAUGAAGUUAACAUUUGAUGCAAUGUGCAACAUGCUAAUGAGCAUAACAGAGGAAUCCCUGUUACGAGAUAUCGAAAGAGACUGUACCUCUGUUUCCAAUGCCAUGUUAUCCAUUCCCUUCAUGAUUCCAGGCACCAGAUAUUACAAAGGCAUCAAGGCACGUGAAAGGCUCAUGGAAACCUUUAGAGAGAUAAUUAGUAGACGAAGGAGUGGAAAGGAGUCUCCAGAAGACUUCCUACAGUCCAUGUUACAGAGAGACUCAUAUCCUUCUUCUGAAAAGCUUGAUGACUCAGAGAUUAUGGAUAACCUAUUGACAUUGAUAGUUGCAGGACAGACCACUACUGCAGCUGCAAUGAUGUGGAGUGUCAAGUUUCUUGAUGAGAACAGAGAAGCACAGGACAAACUUAGGGAAGAACAAUUGUCAAUCACCAGAAGCAAACCUGAAGGAGCUUCACUUGCUCUUGAAGAUCUUAACAGCAUGUCCUAUGGUUCAAAGGUUGUCAAAGAAACAUUAAGAAUGUCGAACGUCUUGUUGUGGUUCCCCCGUGUAGCACUAAAUGACUGCAAAAUAGAAGGUUUUGAGAUAAAGAAAGGAUGGCAUGUAAACAUUGAUGCAACUUGUAUACACUAUGACCCAGAUCUGUACAAGGACCCUAGGCAAUUCGAUCCUUCAAGAUUUGAUGAAAUGCAAAAGCCAUAUAGUUUCAUAGCUUUUGGAUCAGGACCCAGGACAUGCUUAGGAAUGAAUAUGGCAAAAGUGACGAUGUUGGUCUUUUUACACCGACUGACUAGUGGAUACAAGUGGACAGUUGAUGAUCUUGAUGUUUGCCUAGAAAAGAAGGCACAUAUUCCUAGACUGAGAAACGGCUGUCCAAUAACUUUGAAGCCCAUAUGAGGUGGGAAGUAAGCAAAGAUGAGUGCAGAGAAUUCAUUCUCUAUGCCAAAGUUUGAGAAUUUAUAAGUUGCAUGCAUGCUUGCAACCUUGUUUAGAAGAAGUGAAGCUUCUAGUAUUGUUUUUUUGUUUUUAUAAGAUGAACUUCAUAACAUAGAAUAGAUUUCAUCUUGAAUCCUACUAUUUGACAGCGUUUGCUUUUAAGCAUAAUAUAAGCAGGAUAUACUUCAUCCAAA